AUGGCGCCUAUCGAGCCUGAAAGCUUUCUGUCUUAUGAGGCCGGCCCCGAGGUCGAAGAAUUCGCCAACGCGCUUGACGACUGCCUCUCUCCUCCACUGUCAUCCGAAGAACGACGAGAACGAAUCCUGGACCUACCCCGAAAAUACUACGAGAAUGCUCUGCGACGUCUAGCACAAGUGCGGCCGCGCAUGGUGCGCGAUGGACAGGAUGAUGUCGACAUGGAUGCAGACGAGGUCGACGCUGCCAACAGCAAUCCCGCCUCAGCAGAGCUUAUCAAACGUCUUGAAAGGGAGGCGCAGACAUGGGAUCUACUACGCAGACUUCUCCCGCUAAGAUAUUCGAGUCAUGAAGCCAACCGGGAAGCAUUGGAUUCUCACCGAAACUCCAGUGACUCGACAGAUCUGUUUAAAGAUUUCCUUGCAAGCGAUCCAUCGGCGCGGGAACGACAAGCAGUUAUCCAGUGGCUCCAGAACAAUGCUUCUUCUGGCCCGGAUAUUGACGAACUUGCGCGCGAACUUCAGCAGAAUGCGGACCGAGGAGACAUCAUUGCCCACGGUUGGCUUCACACCCGCUCUCAAAUCAAGCUUCGAAAGAGUGUCACUGCUUGGCCACAUCUUCUGGAUCGCCAAUCGCCAGCCGUUGCGACAUCAUUCCAUAACUCAGACGGUUCCCCUCUUGUGACUCAGCUGGAUCCAGAUGCGGCAACUCGCCAAGGACGGAAGCUUGAGCCCCAAGACGAGUACUUUGAACGUGCCAUAUGGCUUGGUUGCUUCGAGCAUUUGCGCCGGGGGUCUAGCUUGAAGACCAUGCGUGAAUGGUGCCAGGAGCGGACCGAGAUGUGGCGUGCCGUUUCCACAUCUGCGGUGCUGCUCUCCACAGACGAUAACAAGGAACUGUCAAACAAUAACCCGGCAUCACUUGCUCUUUGGAGACGAAUGUGUUUCAGCCUGUCUCGAUCUGGCGGCUGCGAUGAUUAUGAGCGUGCAGUGUAUGGUGUACUCUCUGGAGACAUUUCUAGCGUUGAGAAGAUUGCCUUGACCUGGGACGAUUUUCUCUUUGCCAACUACAACGCAUUGUUGCGCACGCAGCUAGACAACUACAUCCUGGGGAAAUGCCCCCCCGAUGUGGCCUCAAACCUGACACAAUCCUUCCCCUCUUUUGACGCUGUGCAGUUCCAUGGUGAGCGAGAAACAGUUGAUAAGCGCCUUGUUCGGGCUUUAGAUUCCAAUCCCCAGAUCCGAGCUGAAGCCAACGAGCCUAAUAAGGCGUUGCAAGCAUCCCUGAUCUCUAAGGAAAUCGGUCACUAUCUCUAUGAACAGGGUAUAAUUGUUUCUUUUAGUGCAAACCAGAGCGAGUCAUCCCUCUACAGAUCGGAACCAACGAAGCUUGACCUAAACAAGGAGAGAUUCUUCCAGUCUACGCAGCAUUAUGGAUUGAGAAUUGUUGCACACAUUUACCUCCUCAUAAACCUUUUGGAUAAGCUAGACUCGAAAGAUGAUUCGCUGGCCCCAGCGUUCUCCGCCCCUGGAGUGAGACGUGCUCAACAGAACCUUCUUGCUGGUUACGCCAAUUACCUGCGCCUUGCUCAAGUUUAUGAGUUGAUUCCCCUCUACUGCUCGAUCCUGGAACCUCCUCGAUCCUAUGAGGUUCUCAGUUACAACCUCAUCCCAAUGGUUGAUACUCAGCAGCGUCUGAUGCAGCUUCGACUGAUUAAGAAGGCUGGCAUCGACGUGCUCGAGUUUGUCAAGACCCAGGCAUGGCUUCUGUAUGAUGACUUAGGUCCAACUCAUCGCGGAUGCCUGGCCAAAGGGUCUUUUAGCAUCAUCGAAGCUGGUCCGCCGUCUUCGCGGAGGGGCCGACCUGUGAGGUCAGACUUCUUUGGCGAUGACGAAAAGUUCGUUGACGUAGCACAUGAGAAUCUCAUCCGGUCACUAGAAUGGCUCCUACUGGUUCAAGAGACGUGGCCUAAUGUCCUGUCAAUUGGAACCAAAAUCUACAAGUUUUUCCUGCGCAACAUGCAUUUGAGCGCUGCCCGGCAGCUAAUGAAGCGGGUGCCGUUCGCGGACGCUCUCCAAGCAGCCACCGAGGAUAGCGGUGAUGAGAUGGAUCUAUAUGAAGACCUUCCCGAAUUCUGGGCUAAGCACCUUGACCGGAGAGGCAUACGUGAUGUGACACCACAUCAGGCCCUCUCAGACGCACGGAAGUUCCGUGAAUUGGAGAACUUGGUGCGAGCUCUGGACAGCCUAGAGACCGUCGCAUCUUUGGCUGAGCUCACAAAUGAGGAGCAAAAGAAGAAGCGAGAAUUCUGGACUGCGAUUGGAGAAGAAGUUAAGAACACAAAGGAUAACAUGCAGCCUCUUCUCAAGAACUGGCUCUUGGUGGGCAUUGAGGAGGGCGACGAUGAACUACGGGACAUUCGUCAGGCGUAUCUCCCCGAGACUCUUCUGGCAUAUGUCAGUACGCUGCACUUUGCAGGCACUGGUCUCUCUCGUGACAACCUGCUGGAGUGCAUGGAGCUCGCUUCUAUCAUUGCAGAGCGCGAUUCGGAUUUAUCGACAGCCUUUGUGGAAGCUGGACGAAUGAAGGAGCUGGUAGAAUCAUUCGCUGCAUGCAGCAAGGCAUUGGCCAUCAGCACUGGAGAGAGGAGGGCCACCGGUGCUAGCAGCAAGAAGCUGCGAGAAAUGGGAUGGUCUCGAGAUCUGUGGUCGGUCAAGCCAUAA